AUGAAUAAUAUGUCUUCUUUACAUUAAGAUAAAAAAAAAGAUGAAAGAGAUAAUGAUGAUAGCUAUUAUUGUUGCUUCUAUAAAAAAAGAAUAUAGGUUCAAUAAAUUUCAAAGAAUUCAAAUUCAAUGAACUACUCUAUUCUAAAUAAAAAUAUUAUUAAUUUAGAGUCCUUAUAAGAAGUUUAAUUUCUAUUAGAAACUUAUCCAGAAAGACAAGCACUUUUAAAUAGUCUUAGAUACAAAGUAAUUAAUCUAGAUAAAUAUCCCUUAAUACUUGUAUAUAAAAAAGAAUCAUUACAACCAGACUUAUAGGUAGGAGAAGAUGAAGUAACACUCAUUUUAUCAUAUCCAGAAUAUGAAGUUGAAUAUACGCCACUUAUUAUUCAUUCAAAAAUAAUGGAAAAUAUUGAUUAUAAAAAGGAAAGUGAUUAAAGUGAAAUAUAUUUCAGCGGUAUUUUCUAACAUCUUAAUACUAAUAUUUGUGAUAAUGUAAUUGUGAUUCCAUUUAGUCCAUCCUUAAUGAUCAUUGAUCCUGUUUUCAAUGAACUCAAAUUAGAAUGUAGAUAAGCAUUAUUCAACCUAUUAAUUCCAUUUAUACCUAUUUUAGAUAAAGUAUCCAUUAUUCUUCCAAACAUUGUACCAUUAAAUAGUAUAAUGUCAAUUGUUGAACCACUGAUAAGUUUGAGAAUUAAAAUGAUGCCCUACUCAAAUUAUACAACACUCAUUGUAAAUUGUAUUUAAGAGAACAAUCGCUUUGAUGAUUUUAAAUAAUACAGAAUUACUUUUGAUCUUAAAUAUUAUCACAAAAAAGUUAACCAAUUUGUGAAAUAGAAAUUAAGUACUGAUCAUAACAUUGAUAAUUUGCCUGUUCAAUUCUUGGCUCAAUUAUUAUGGACCAAUAAACCUUUGUCAAACUAACAGUUCUUAGAACAAACUUAAAGUAUUUCGUAAAGAAAAUCAGACCCUAUCUAAUAGACUUCACCGGUCACUCCAAUUUAUAAUUAUGAGAGCAAUUACAAAUUUGAAUUAGAAGGGUCAUCUCUCAAAAAAGAUAAAGAAUCAUAUUGA